UUAAUUCCUUGGUACAAUCAUGUUCUGUAUAUCACUCUUCUGGCACCUAGCUGGCAGCCUGGCACGACAGUAACACCUAGCCACGGGCUUUGCUUAUAUAAUUGGCCCAUCCUACUCAACUACUAGUGGUGGAGUAGGACUCAGCUGAAUUGAGCUCAGCUAGCGUAUAGACACGUGUCACCCAAAGCUCAAGCCCUUCCACCCAUCUUCCCAAUACAGAUUAUCCUACAUCACCCAUUCUUGGACAACAUCUUUCCCUUUGUCUCCAUGAGGAAAGGCCGCCUUGUCUAUUUGAGGAAAGGCUAGCUAGCUGCAGGGUUAAUUUGUUCUUCGCGGUGGUGGUGGCUAGCUGCGACCACGAAUACUAGCUAGCGCGCUAGUUUCUCUCUGCUGGCCUGGCAUUCCAAAUGGAGUGGCCGUCUUCGUCUUCGUCUUCGCAGAGAGAGGCGGCCAUGGUGGACCUUUCGCUGAGGCUGGAGCCGGCGGGCGGCGGCGGCGACUCCGUGGCGCCGACGGCUCUCGUGGACGGCAAGGACGUGCGGCUGUUCCCGUGCCUCUUCUGCGACAAGAAGUUCCUCAAAUCGCAGGCGCUGGGCGGCCACCAGAACGCGCAUAAGAAGGACCUGGUCGGCGCCUGGAACCCACACGUCUACGCCUGGGACGCUGCCCCCGUCGCCGCCCAUGGCAACAACAGCAGUGGAGGAGCAGCAGUGCGCGCCGGCCGGGAGGACAAUGUCAGCUGGAACAGGGGCGCCAACGGCAUCGACGCUGUGCUAUCGACGACCGCCGCGCCCCCGCGGUCUGGCGGCGGCGAGCUCGACCUUGAGCUUAGGCUCUAAUCAGCUGAGUUGGAUAUAUAUUCUGCCCCCCACAUGAAUGGUCAGGAAUGUGCAACGUACCUAGGGAUUUUCAUGGCAAACCAUGGAUUAAUUCGUGGCACCAUGUAUAUAUGUGCGUUUGAUUGUUAACAUUGCGACCUCGGCUUGUUGUAUGAAUUCUCUGCCAACGGAUCGAUCGGAUCCACCUACUGACGGUCUGUGUCAUGAUCGUCGUUUGUCGCAAGCCUCAUGGUGUCUCCACUGACGACGUGUACCGGGUCAACCUUUUGUCAGGGGAGCGAGAACUAGGAUGCUUUGGCCAACACAAAGUUGAUGGCGGUUGCACAAUGACAGACGGUAACUAGUUUUGUUCA